AUUAAAGCUAUACUUACCAAACAGUAUUCAGCAUGGACUAUUGUAACACUGUAUGGCCAGGAAACCCACGAUCUAAGAGGUCAGGCAAGCUUAACCACCGCGAGAUGGUGGGAUUUCAUGAUCCUCCUGAGGAAGCUCAUGGCGCUAAUGUUGACACCCAGGCCUAAGGAAGCCUUAGCUCUAGAACCAACAGGGACAUUUGGAUUCUCCAAGCCUUGCCAACAAGACUUCAAAAGCCGCGUUUCAACGGAUCUUUCAAAAUCAGCCAAUCUAGAAGUGGAAGAGCUUGACAUUGCUGGAGGAUGUUUCCAUGGUUGCUUUCCCAUGGAACGUUCUGGAUGCACCUAACAAACAGGGCAGCAGCAGCUUACCUUUGCAGAACUUUGCCCUGAACAAUUCAACUGCUGAACACCACCAACAACAACCACACACCCUACAAAUCAACGCGCUUCUCGUCAGAUCAUCAACUCUGGGUGCUCACCAUUCUAGCGAAAUCAAUUGGAGGCGCCAAUGGGCAUGCAGCCCCUCCCUCAAGGGACACAAGCAGUCAGAAGACAUCCAAAAGACAGCGCAAUGCAUUGAAAAGCACCUGUCCUACAGACAUGACAACUGCUAUUAUCCAGUACUCGUACGCAUGCCUGCAACCGGCAUAAUCGCCUGUCAGGACAAGCAUAGAAUGGGACAUUCCCAAGUUGGCAUCGUGUCCUCGGAACCGUUGAAUGGUAGGCAGCGAGCCAGGGUUCGCGAGGACUCUGCUUGUUUUCUUUCUUAAACUCGGAAGAUGCCCACCGAGAUGCUGGAUUGGCUGCGAUGUGAUUUUUCGCAUCUGUUAAGUACCAGCAAAGGAGUUCCCUCCCCGUCUUGGAAAUUAUGCUGACAAUACUUGCGCCUUUUAUACAGUACAGGGCUCCCACAGGGCUUCAAGCCCCGAUCGGUUACCGGAUCGCCUUCCUUCCAGACUUGCAGAUCCCGGCUUGGCUAUGGUUGAAAGCUUGUGCCAUACGCAACGAAUCAAUCGAGCCAUGAGGUAACGGCAGAUGACGGUCCUCGACAGUUCUCCACGGGACUCGUCUCUAAUUCAUUGGAUCUUGGGUCCCCCAUCCCAUACACCAGAGCAAUGGAAAGGAAAGGAUACGAUUCAUUCACCCGCCUUCCGGCCAUGAAACUGAUGUUGUAUUACGACAAUUGGGCAACAAAAUAUAUGAUGAACCAAGUAUCCGCACAGCGUACCGACACAUUGCAUCUGAAUGAAGAAUUGGAUUGGAGACAAGUCAUCGACGACAAUGACCAUCUACCCAAUGAGGGUUCCCAAUAAAGAUAACGCUCACUGUUCUGAAUGGCCUGAUGAACGCAGAAGCUGUAGCAAACGGGCUCUUGUGCGAGGUUGGGAGAGGAAGACUUUGAACGUGGCUGGUACGACCGACUGCAUGUCCACACUUUUCAACGAUCUCUUGGAACGACUCACUUGGGUCAACUACUCCGUAGAGGAGCGCCGUUUCGCCAAGCAAUCUGGAGAAAGUAGCCCUCACCGCUGCUUUCCAGACACUCGCCAAUGGAGACUUAACUGACAGGCUACGUAGUCCCACAGAUCUUCAACGCAACAAUAACUACUGCGAGGUCGGCCCAGGUAUAUCUACCACGAGCUUGGUUAUUGACGAUAGGGAUGCUUAUGACCGCUCUGAUGCUUCAAAUUCUUUGAUGACCAGCACCCAUGGCAAGGUUCAAGAACCGAUUCGCCAAUGACCAUUUUUUUCUGUCCAAUAAUAUUUUCCCAAUAUCCAAAAGCCCAAUCAUCCCCUAGUAGUCCGAAGAAUGAUCGUAGGGAAGGUUUCACAACACCACUCUGAAUGACAUUUAUCCUGAGUAUGUCUACUCGUUAAACGGAUUACCAAAAUCAAUACACGGAUAAGGCAAUUGAUUUUGAGAUAGUAUGCAUGGUCGGAAUGCUGGGGCUGAUGCAGCGAGGAGAUGGUGGGAGAGACCCGGGGAAAUCGACUUGCGUCCGGAGAAUGGACAGUGGACAAACGGGCAAUGACUGCGACUGGAAACAACUGACAACGCUUCAAAUAAUGCUCUUAUAGCGGUUCGCUGUUAAAUUCCUGCUUCAGAGACCUGCAAGCAGAGGGUUCAGAGUACCCCAAACCAGUCACACCACGACUGGAUCCGGAAGAGGGGCCAGAACAUCCUGAUUGCUUUUCCAGCUCGGAGGCUAGUCACCAAACCACGUGUUCAUACAGUAACUCCGAAACAACGGCUUCUGACUGGGGCAAGUAGUUCGAACUUCGAAUGAGGUACUGUGUACUGGGUACCCAUCUACCGUCGUUACUGUCUCCACGUUGUAGUGACGUGCAAAUGUCGGGCGGCCGCUGUGAUACUCGGGGCGGUGUUCUUGCUUUGGCGGCAUCGUCGGUUGUGACUACAGGUCUUUCCAGGCUGACGUGCUAGUGGAUUAGACGCUGAGUUGCCCAAAGAUGCUGACUGUGGAGUGUUAUGGUACUGGUGGUACAUGAUUGACAUCUACCCGCGUGGCUCAUGAGCACGAGCGUGAGGCUUGUGAGGUGGCUGCUUCCUGAGAAGAGCUUUAUUCACUGGGGGAUGCGAUGGAGAAGUCUCCUCCAUGUAGUGCUACAGUUCUGGUACUCCCUACUGUCGUCUCCUCCUAAGACCCUCCACAGCAGGCUUGGCGAGGUAGGACGGGAUCGGUGAAGCAGGAGUACAGGAGUACAGGAGUACAAAAAAGAGACUCGAGGAUGGAAAUCCCAGGAGUUGAAGAGGGGUGCUGCCCAUGGGUAAAAAGCCCUGGCCGAAGCUGCAGCAUGCAUGCAUGCAGCAGGCAGGGGAGGGCUCGCCGCUCGCUCCAAGCCCUUGACCGUCGACGACAUUUGGGAGGGCUCGAGUAUUCUUUUGUGCUUCUCAAGGGUUGCGUAGCGUCGCCUUUGGGCAGACAUCGAGAUGGUCUUCCUUUUGGAUCAUGCCGGGCCAUCUGAUCUCUCGAACGAAUUUCCACCACGCGUGCUGGGCCGAGGGAAGAACGGGGACAUCGCUUCGCAAGGGGGGAGGCCUAUUCCGGACAGGAGCGCUUGCUGCUGCUGCUGUUGUAUCGUUGGGCGCUGGUUGAGUCCCAUGUAUCCAUAUCAAGGUCAGAAUUGGUAUGAUUCCACCCAAAACAAAGGUCUUGAUACACACCUAUAAAUGCUGGAAGUGAUCAGGUCGGCGUCAGGUUGGCCAGUGGGACAAUCGGCUCAUGAAUCAUUCUACUACUCCUGCGCUAGAGUAGUAGGGACUCUCUCUUUUGGAAUCACCACCAUGGCCACGCCUCAAGGCAAAAGCUCAAGCUCAAGCUCAUUCCAGUGAGGGCUAGAGCCAGAGCCAGAGCCAGAGCCAGAGCCAGAGCCCUAGCGGAGAACCAUCUCAGGCUGCGUUCCGAUCCGGUACAAAUUCGUCUUAAACUCGUCUUGGGGAAGAUUUAAUUCCUGGACCUGACUCUUGGAAACCUGACCGAACAAGACCCUAGGCGAUAUCUGCUGCAAGAAAGCAAAGCGCAAGCACGGCGGGCGGUGAGGAAUUGCCGAGCUGCGUCGGUGCAUCCAUGCCCAUCCAUCUGCAUUGUACUGCGUACUGCCUGCACCAUUCACGUUUGUUUCCAGGUCCAUCAACACCUCUGUUCCGUAGUGAACCACGACUAUCAAUUCCUUGAAUGGUUCACAAAAGGAGGCACUGAUACCCAUUCAAAUUGCUACUUGUUGUCCACCAUCACCUGGUCCCAGUGGAGCCUACACGGUCGUUUUGUUGUCAGUCGUCACGCUCAGUUUGUUCUUGAUUGUCUGCACUGCACUGGUUGUGCUUGCCCGUCUGGUUCCCGCCAUCUUUCCUCCUCCACUGAGGGGUGCGCCGAUCUCUGUCUGUCCAUCUUUCCUCAUCACAGCAACACAACACAACCACAUCCUUACCUCGUCACCUCGCGCCGAUUCGACUUAAAAGUCGAUCUGUCCCAUAUCAUCUUCCAGGUAACUGCCCCCUGCGCAUACAAUUGCCCAUCACAUGGGCAUCACUCAAAAAAUACAAGCCACAGAGCUGACAGCAUCUUGUGAUCUUGCAGGUGGCGACGCGAGUAACGAGGCACUCUGCUUCGCCUUCCAUCCUAGGUCGACCCGAUUCAAGCUGAUCCCAAUCGAUGGGUCAUGAGCUGUUACGAUCUCUAUAGCACACGAUACUGAAGAGGGUAGGAGGGGAUAGGUACGAAGUUAAUCAGUUGUAAUGGCAGAAGAGGAAGUCGAGCUGAGCUCGCAAUUGCUAUCCAAUGGCACAUUAACGACCACGAAGCGCAUGGUGGACAUCAUCCACUUCCACUACUCGUGGGUCUUGUUUGUUAUUUUUCUCGUGGCUUUCAUCGCCAACUCCAUCCUAACCGCGGAACCUCCUGGAGAAUCCAAAGAGCCUGUUCUUACCGGCCCUGGUGGAAAACCACUCCCACGAUCUGCUCGAAAAUAUAAAGAGGAGCUGCAAAAGCGAAAGAAACUCCAGGAUUUCAGUCCGGGACGAAAGUCAUUGUUUUUGUAUCUCUCCGCUGGCCUUCUUGCUACCUUUGUGGCAAAUGGAACAAAUAUUGUUGUACAUGCCCUUUAUGAGCAUGCUGCGUAUGGCGCAGACGACAGUUGGUGGUGCGGUGAGGCAACGGCUGUAAGUUGGUCCCUUAAGUAGUCACACUUGAACCUUUGCUAAUGAAUGUCUAGAUAUAUAUUUGUGCUUCGGCUUUUUUCUACAGCAUUGUCCAAAUAUCACUUGUCGAUACUACCCCGUCGCCAAGUAUCGUUCAUCAGAUUACUUGGGGUGUGGCGUAUCUAGGAGAGCUUAUCCUACUAAUAGGCACUGUGAUACUGUAUACGUCCCCCCACAAGGAGCUCGAAAUGCUUUCAGGCGCAAAGGAGAAAUAUGAUCGACUGAAUCAAUGGGAGAUCAUUGAGCUCUUCCUGGAUUUUGUUCGGGUGUUAAUUCUCGGAUUUCUGUUUGGAUUCUACACUGUCUUCUCUCUGGAACGUAUCUACAAGAGCAAGCGCCCCAGCGCGAUUCUGGAUGAAACGGCACCGCUUCUGGUCAAUGGCCAAGCCAAUGGCAAUGGCAACACUCCAGGACAUGGUUCAAUCGUCACGUCUGAAGACGGCAAUGGCGCCGCUGAGAAUGGCACUGCUGAGAAUGCCACCGCUGAGAAUGGCACACCUGGUGGCCGCCGAAGCCCUGAGACUCCUGCUUUCUACAAACCAACCACCGUGCCCAAUCGAACCUGGUGGGAAUAUAUUAGAGGGUAUUCUCUUUUCUUUCCAUACCUAUGGCCAAGUAGAUCGGUUCGAUUGCAAAUUGUCGUCCUUAUCUGUAUGGCACUUAUGUUCCUCCAAAGGAUUGUCAAUAUCGCGGUUCCAUUGCAGAUUGGCAAUGUUACAAAUGAGCUGUCAAACAAAGACGGCAGAUCGCGUGGAAUGCCGUGGCUCUCGAUUUCCCUUCUGAUCGCUUUCCAAUUCCUGCAGGGCACCUCGGGAAUCCUCGGGGCAGUAAGAUCUGUUCUAUGGAUUCCAAUUUCUCAAUACUCGUACAAAGCACUAACGACAGCUUCCUUCGAGCAUGUCCAUGGUCUCAGCCUCGACUUUCACCUGGGCAAGCGUACGGGCGAGGUUUUAUCCGCCUUGAGCAAAGGCAACGCCAUCAACAACUUUCUCGAGCAGAUUACCUUUCAGGUGAUCCCUAUGGUAUUUGACCUUGGUGUUGCUGUCGUAUACUUUGGUAUCGCGUUCGAUGCAUACUACGCUCUCGUCGUUGCUAUCAUAACCUUCUCUUAUCUGUACCUGACCAUCCGGAUGGCACGCUGGCGUUCUGACCAGCGCCGUCAAAUGACAAACCUGAGCCGGGAAGAGGAUGCUGUCAAAAAUGACUCUCUUACCUCGUAUGAAACAGUCAAGUACUUUAACGCUGAGGAUUAUGAAUUCAACAGAUAUCGAGUUGCCGUUACCGCUUUUCAAACGAUGGAGUAUAAAGUCACUAUCUCCCUGAACAUCCUAAACAUCUCUCAGAAUAUGGUAUUCAUGGCUGGUCUGUUGUGUACUUCUUUCAUCUCAGCAUACCAGGUUACUACAGGCAAACGAAAGGUUGGCGAAUUUGUCACAUUAUUGACCUACAUGGCUCAACUUCAACAACCCCUGAACUUUUUUGGCUCGUUCUACCGGAGCGUUCAAAGUGCCAUGAUCAGUGGGGAGCGGCUUCUGGAGCUCUUCAAGGAGCAGCCAACGGUUUUAGAUGACCCUAAUGCUACCGCCAUGCCAGCUUGCGAGGGACAGAUCACGUUUCGCAAUGUCAAGUUUAGCUAUGAUCAACGCAAGCCUGCAUUGGAAGACCUGAGUUUUACAUGUCGUCCUGGCACUACCACGGCAUUUGUAGGAGAAUCUGGAGGUGGCAAAUCCACUGUAUUUCGACUAAUGUUCCGAUUUUACAACGCCCAGGACGGUAGCAUCCAAGUGGAUAGUAGAGACAUUAAGGACAUCACCAUCGAUUCAUUGCGUCAACACAUUGGUGUGGUUCCACAAGAUACCAUUCUUUUCAACGAGACCCUCAUGUACAACCUUAAGUAUGCCAACCAGGACGCUACAGAUGAGGAUGUCUACGCCGCAUGCCGAGCCGCUUCGAUUCACGACAAGAUCAUGGCAUUUCCGGAUGGUUAUCUGACAAAGGUUGGUGAGCGUGGCCUUCGUUUGAGUGGUGGUGAGAAACAAAGAGUCGCCAUUGCAAGAACGAUCAUCAAGAACCCACGUAUCAUUAUGCUCGAUGAAGCAACCGCUGCAUUGGACUCUGACACAGAGCAAAACAUCCAAGAAGCAUUGAGAGCAUUGUCACAAGGAAGAACAAUGCUUGUCAUUGCGUAAGUUGACUGACCUCCGUAUCAACCUCCUACCUUGCUAAUAUAUUUCUAGUCAUCGGCUGUCUACCAUUACAACUGCAGAUCAAAUACUGGUUUUACAUGCCGGCAAGGUUGCUGAAUCUGGUACGCACCAAGAGCUCUUAUCCAUGAAGGGUCGAUAUCAUAGCAUGUGGAGAAAACAAAUUCGUGCAGAACAAGCAGCGGAACAAGCAUCUCGGGCUGUCGCCAAAGCCAAUGCACUUAAGAUGGCUGUUAUGGAACGACCGGGCAGCUCUGGAAAUGAGGCUGGCAGUGAAGACUUAAGCGAAAGCGAGGCAGAUGGCCAGGUUGAUGCCAAUGCACCAACUGAUGCCAAAGCUGCUUGUACCCCAAAAGGCUUGCCUUCCGUUGAAACAUCCGUUGAACCUUCAGUUGAAUCGUCCGUUGAUCCUACAAUUGAACCGUCCGUCAAACCGUCUGUUGAACCUUCUCCUGAAGUCAGGCUUUCAACAGCUGAUACGUUACUUGAUACCACGGCAGACCCUUGGGCCUCGUCUCCCUCAUCCGAUGAUCAUAAACCUGAUGAUAAGCCAGCUAAUGGUGCAUGAUCUCAUCAGCACGCUCGUUCCUGAGGGACUCGAAAAGGAGUGGAGAAGUUAUUCGGAGUUAAUAUGGGGUGAUUUUGUUUGUUCAGGUGUUACAACUGACACUAUUGCUAUAUUCCUCGAUUGGGGAUAGAAGAUCGCUUUCUCUUCUUGUUUUUACGAAUUUCUUCUAUAACAUUGUUCAUAAUGAAGGGACGAAAGGGUAAAGGAUGGCAUUAAAAUGGUGCAUGAAGGGCGGCUAGCGAUUGCUUUUCACUUUGCUUGGUACUUUUGGGCCUUUAAGCUCAAUAUAGAUGGAGGGCGCUAAGGCUUCGCUGUAUUUACAAAAAUGGCGGUGGAUGCAGUGUGCUCAAAAAUUCACCGGGGCCGAAACUGGCUUUAGAUAAUAAUCAAGAUGCAAAUCAUACAUAGGGUCUCAGAGAAAGAAACUCUGCAAGAAUGAACAACAGGAAAUUUGAG